AUGUUUGGAUGCAUCAAAAAACAAUGCAACCUAAAAGAUAAGAGGAAUUUUCCAAAAUUUGAGGGCAUGCAAUGUAAUGUACAAUUCAAAAAGGGAUGGGGACCCAUAUGCCUCUAUCUUACAAAACAAGAUAAGCAACCUGUCGCAUGGGGAGAAUACACAGCAGACCAGAUACUACAAAUAGCAGAAGCAUGCAAGAAAAAUAGAAAAACCAAAGAAAUAGCAGCAAAAGACAUAAUAGAAAAUCUAAAUAAAUGCAAUGAUUGGUUAAAUGUGUAUAAGGAUGAAAAAAUUACUGCAAUGUUAAUAAAUAAGUACAGCAACUGCUUUAUCAGCCACUGA